AUCGGUAACAUCUUUCAACAACUGAAUUCGAGAAGAAGGAAAUAACAUCCCGAGGUAGCGGUAUAACAUCUUCCACCGGCCCUAACACCAUGGCUGAAGCGGAACAACAGCAGGUAGCAGAACAACCUAAAGCUGCACCAAAACAGAAGGAAGUUCUCGCUAGUAAAGUAACCGGAACAGUAAAAUGGUUCAAUGUUAAAAGUGGCUAUGGGUUCAUCAAUAGAAAUGACACCAAGGAAGACGUAUUUGUUCACCAAUCUGCCAUCAUCAAGAACAAUCCGAAGAAGGCCGUUCGCUCAGUUGGCGACGGUGAGAUUGUCGAAUUUAGCGUGGUGAUGGGCGAGAAAGGCAAUGAGGCCGCAAAUGUGACCGGACCCAACGGCGAGGCCGUCAAAGGCAGCCCGUAUGCCGCCGAUCGCAAACGCGGCUACCGCCAGUGGUACUACCCACGCGGCGGCAGAGGCGGCCCCAGGGGACCCAGGAGACCCAGGGAGACCCACAGUGAAGGCGAAGGUAAAGAAGGCACAGUCAGUGGCGGCGAAGGAGGCCCAGGCGGUCCACCACGUCGCUACAGACCUCGUCGCGGCCGCGGCGGCGGCUACGGCGGUGGCGGCUACUACCGCGGCCCGUACCGCGGACCACCUGGCGGCGGUGACGACCAGAACGGCGGCGAAAUGGUAGGAGGACCGAGGGGCGGUCGUGGCGGUGGUCCGCCACGCCGUUUCUUCAGGCGCAAUUUCCGCGGCGGCCGAGGCGGCGGACCCGGCAGAAGGCCACGCUCCCAGGACAGCCAGGGCCAGGCUGGAGAUCAGGGAGGUCAACAGGAGGGUGGACCGCGCGGCGGCGGACUACAACGUCCCCGUUACCGCAGGCGCGGACCCCCACGCUCGCGCACCUCCAAUUCACAGUCCGAGUCGGGUAACAACACCAAGGCACCCGAAACUACUGCACCUGUAAAGUCUGAAGAGAGUCAGCCUGUGCAGAAUACAGCUACAGAGAGCACGGCUUAAGCAUAUGCUCAAGUCAACACAUAUAAUACUAUAUAAUUAUAAUAACAACAAAAAUUUUCUUAAAAGCAGACAAAGGCAUUUCAUAACGCAUUAUUGUACUUUGUUUAAUGAGACUAUCGUAAAUCCAAUAUUAAAAUGCUAAAUGUGCUGUGUAGGUUGAAUCAAGCAACUAUUGUAACUUGUAAGUUUGGCAUUUAGUUUUCAAAAAGGUUAAAAAAAAAGUAAAUAAAACAUUUUUGAUACUUUUUUAUAUUCUCAUGGGUGUUUAUAUAAAAAUGCAUAAUUUGUAAGGUGUUUGUAUAUUCUUAGAGCAACCUGAUUGAAAUCAAUGUCAAAUUUUUGUAUUUUGGACAACUCGGAACGUUUAUGAAAUGUCUUAAGACCUUAUGUCUAGCUGCAAUGAUUUUUCCUUCAUAACAUUAAAAAAAAUGAUAAAACGCAAUGUUUACUUUGAUAAACAACAGUACAAGUAACUAAAAAGUAAAUGUUGUGCCCAAAAAAAUGAUUGCAACAUCUCUAACUUGUGUCUUUCCAAUUUUGCAAACAAAAGGAAAGAAUUGAAAAGUUUUUAAAAAACACAAAAAAAAUCAGAAAAAUCAUAAAAAAGGAACAGUUUAUUUCUCCACUGAUUCACUUUCUUUGCACAGUUUGUUCUUUCGGGGUUUUUCUUCAAGAUAUCAUAAUAUCACAUUUUCGUGAUCAAACAUUUUGUUUGUGUAAAUUGUUGGUUUUUGGGUGCUAGUCAUUAAGAAAUGAUUUGUAACGGUAAUUGCGUUAAUUUAGAUCUUAAUUAAUGCUUUUUAUCCGAUAUAUUCAUCUACAUCUUAUUGCUAUGUAAUUUUCGGAUUGAGAUUUUGUUUUAUUGUAUUUUGUAAUUCAUUUAUAUACAAACUGAUGUAAAUUGGGAAAUAAAUAUCUGUUCUUGAUAA